UCUGAUGCGCACUUCACACUGAAGCUCUGCUCUAUCUUCUCUGCACUAUUCUUCUCGCUUUUGGACGCAGCAGGUAUCUUUAACCAUGGCGAUAGCUCACAUCGCUACAGAAUACGUGUUUUCUGAUUUUCUACUGAAGGAACCCACUGAGGGCAAAUACAAAGGACUGCGUUUGGAGCUGGCCGCCGAUAAACUGGUGACUUUUAUGGCGGUGGGAAUUCCUCUGCUGCUCAUCUCCCUCGCCUUUGCUCAGGAAGUGUCCGUGGGUUCCCAGAUUAGCUGCUUCCCCCCAACCAACUUCACCGUGCGCCAAGCAACGUAUGUAGACUCUUUCUGCUGGGUUGCUGCUGAAAGCCAAUCUACAAAGGACGGCUCCCCUCUGUCAUUGCAUAAGUUCUUUCCUUAUAUCCUUCUGCUGCUGGCGGUUUUGGUGUACAUUCCCGCUCUGUUCUGGCGCUUCACCGCUGCUCCUCAGCUCUCCUCGGACCUCAGGUUCAUUAUGGAGGAGCUGGAUUGCUGUUACAACCGUGCCAUCCAGCUCGCCAAGAGCUUGGCGUCCAACAACCCUGAUGCCAAAGACACCACAGAGGAGUCCCACAGUCCAGAGGUGGCUGAGGGCUGUUUUAAAUACCCUCUGGUGGUACAGUAUCUGAGGACCAAGCGUGGGAGAUGGGCCCUGGCAUGGAAGUACCUGGUAUGUCGGGUUCUCACUCUGCUCAUGGUACUGCUGCUUUUCUUCUACCUGCUCUGCUAUGUCUGCCUGGUGUCUGCAAGUGACCAGUUCUCCUGCGACCUACACACCAGUGUUCAUCAGACUGCAACGCCUCCGGUGCUGUGUAAGCUGGUGUCCGUGGGUGUGUUCCGUCUGCUCAGCUGCGUUAGUAUGGCAGUGUACCUAAUCCUCAUUCCUCUGGUGUUCUACGCGCCAGUCCGUCCUGCCUGGCGGAGGCAACAAGUCCAGGUGCUGCACCCCUACAGACUCUUGCCCGCCUUCAGACAUUCCCAUGAGCUGCACGUCAGCUCUUGUCGCUAUGAUGACCUCAGCAUCUACCUGCUGUUCCUGGAGGAGAACCUGAGCGAGCUGAAGAGCUAUAAAUGUUUACAGGUAUUAAACUUAUUAAAAGAGGGAGAGUGUGAAAGUUUUGACACAAUGUCCCUCCUGAGGAAUCUCGGACAAGUAAGGACCGAUUUGGUGGAUGUGAAAGAUGGCAACAUUCAAUCUUCUCACUUUCAGGAGGAAGAAGAGUCGUCCAAGUUUAAGGAUGGUUCUCCUGUACUGAUGCCAGAAAGGCAAGCCGAAGAAUCCGGCUGCGGUUGUGUGAAGGAUGUGAGACAGAGAAUCAUGUGAAGUUUGAGGGGGGAAAAAAGCUCAGAAACUAACAAAUCUCAGUGCUGCUCUUUCAAUACAAUACGAGAACUGGAACAGUCCAGAUACAUGAUAUGUUGAAAGUGGUCAUGAAAUAUUCAUCAACGCGUUUACAUUUAGACAGAAUGAGAGGCUCAAGUAACAAGCACUAUAUCCUCAGCAUGGAGUUAGUGCAUGUAUUUGUACAAGACGAAUAAAAGCUUGUGGUCAAAAACUGAAGUAAAAAAAAAAAAAAAAAAAAAAAAAAGCAAAGACAGUCAGGGCUUUCAGAUAAACAUUUCCUCCUUAUAUUCACUUUUAACUGACAGACUCAUCAUGAGUCCAGGUCAAGGUGCUAAUACAGGUAUUAAUCCCUCCAGACACCUUAAUUAAUGCAGAGGUGUGGAUUGGAUUUUGAUCUGUUAUUCAGUGUUAAACAUUUCUGCACUGAUUUGCAUGUGACUGCUGAGAACAAUCAGAAUACUCUAAAUGUUGACUGUUAGACAAGUGAAGGCCAUUUCAAUCUAUCACUGUGGAUGUCUUUAUUAUUAUAUGUGACUAGUUUCUCAUUUGG